GAGGAGGUGGUGCUACGCGCAGGCUCGGAAGGCCUGGGCAUGUCCAUCACGGGUGGCACUGAUCGGCCCCUGGUGGCUGGUGAUAAUUCCAUCUUCAUCACAGAUAUUGUACCUCACGGUGCUGCCAACCGCACGGGCCGACUGACCCCCGGCGAUUCAAUUGUCUCCAUCAACGGCGUGAGCCUCGAGAACAAGACGCAUGGCGAAGUCGUGGCGCUCCUGCGUCAAGGCGGUGCUCUUAAUGAGUCGAGUGCCUCGAUCAUGAUGACGCACACCGAAACCAUCAGUCUACACCGCCAGCAUGGCCGCGGACUGGGCUUUACCAUUGCCGGGGGCCAAGGCAGCCCCCAUAUCGCCGGCGAUGAUGGCAUUUUUAUCAGCAAGAUCAUUCCCGAUUCCGCCGCCAAGGAAGACGGUCGCCUCGCCGUCGGCGAUCGGGUCCUCUCUGUGCAAGGGGAAUCCUGCGAGAAAAUUACCCAUGAGCGCGCGGUUGAGAUGCUGCGCAACCCUGCCAGUCCGAUUGUGCUCGUUGUGGAGCACAACGCCUUUCACAAGGCCACAGCUGAGCUGAGUCGCUCGCUCGGCCUCAAAAAGCCGGCUGCCGUGCCCAUCACCCGCACUGGCACGCUCAAGUCGUUUGGGCAAGUCAACGCAAGCCUGCAGCUUGAGGCCUCGCCCUUUGACGCGGCCGAUAAGAUGUCAGAUCUGCGCACCGUCACUCUCUAUAAGGGCAAGGCUGGCUUUGGCUUUAGCCUGCUUGGCCCUGCCAAGGCCGGGCCUGCAGAGGAGGGUGAGCCCGUGGGCAUUUUUAUCUCGCGCAUUUUGCCCGAGGGUGCUGCGAUUGAGAGUGGACAAGUAUUUGAGGGUGAUCAGAUUCUUUCCAUGAACGGCCAGGACCUCGCCUUGGCCAGCUAUCGCCAAGCCGCCAACCUGGUCAAACACAUUACUGAUGGUGUCAUGACCCUCAACCUAACCGCCAACCCCGGCAUGUACGACUUGUACAAGCAGCGUAUGGCCGCCGUCCAAGCCAACACGAUUGAAACGAGCAAGGAGCUCAAUCAAAUUCCCCAAGACAGCCUUUGCUUGCGUGCCCUGUUUGAUUAUGACCCUGCGCAAGACUCGAGCGUCGCCUCCAACGUUACCCUACACGACGUGUUUGUGCUCAUUAAGGACAUUCAUGCUGAUUGGUGGGAAGUGCAAGAUGUCCGCACCAACGUCAAGGGCCUCAUCCCUUCCCGUGCUCGGUACGACAGUCACGCAAUGUUCGGCGUCGGGCUAACGGCAAGGGAGAAGAAAGAAGAAAAAGCACGCAGCAUACUUUUGACGCGCUUGAGCUUUGGUCGCCGCAAGUCGUCAUCCAACGUGUCCAAUGGCUUCUCCGGCCGUCGCCGGGGUGUGUACGAGGCAGUACAGCUGCAUCAGGCCACAACGCAGGAGCCGCGGCCCCUCCUCGUGUUGGGACCCUCCAAGGACCACAUCACUGAUAAACUCAUUGACGAGUAUCCCACGGUUUUUGGUUCAUGUGUGCCACACACGACGCGCGACCCGCGCCCAGGAGAGCGCGAGGGCGAGGAUUAUCACUUUGUGAGUAUGGCUGCUAUGACCAAGGCCAUUGAAGACGGCGAGUUUAUCGAAGCGGGCCAGUAUCGCGCGCAUUUGUACGGCACCUCUAUUGCCUCAGUGCAGCAAGUCGUGCAGCAGCAGUUGAGCUGCAUCCUCGACGUGUCCGUGUCGGCCAUCCCGAAGUUGCAUGCCCACAAGCUGUUCCCCAUCGUCAUUUACCUCAAGCCCGACUCUGUGUCGUCGCUGCGCCAACAGAACCCUCACUUUUCCGAGGAAACGGCACGCGAGGUCUUUGCACUUUCACAGCAGGUGGAACGGGAUUACCGUCACCUGUUUACAAAGGUGAUUUCCAAUCUGGACCUGGAUAGCACUUACCGCCGCGUUCUGGAUACGCUCAGCAUGCAAUCUCGUGAACCAUUUUGGGCCCCU